GAUUGUGAUUAAUUCAGUAAAUUUCCUACAGUUUUGAACGUUUUGAAACGCUCGCAGCAUUCAGCAACAAGUGGAAGUAAUGCGCACAACAUUAGCAAGCAUUUACUCGCUGCUUUGUGCGCAUCCUUUCCACCGCUAUAGCAUGCUGCAAGCGUCUCAAAACUGACAUCUCUGUCCGGUGCCCUUAUGGGCCAUAAGGGCACCAGUAGUAACCAUCUCUGCCGCUAGCCACAAUUGCACCCUAACCACUCCAAACUGAAAUUCCGGCGUGAAACUGUAUCCGUUACAUUACGUUAUCAUUUGAAGUAUUUUGUAAGAUCUGCAAGCUCUUGUUCUACGCUUUUUUUCACCGACAAUUUUGGUGUCUAUAAGGAACAGAAAAGAAAANUAAUUUUAUAUACCUAACAUCUUGUGCGCGUGGUAUUGAAGGACCAUGGAACUUGUUACAACAAUUUUGCCGGUUUUGCGACAACGCGGAAUAAUUGCGCGUUUUUUUUCCAAAAAAUGGUCGCUUACGUUCCAUCAGCCGGAACUAACGCGCAAAUCGUCGCUUUUAAGCACGGAAUAUUCGGGUGGAAAUUCGGAAUUGCAGCUCGCGAGAUAUCCAAACCGACGUCAGUUUCUUUCCAUGUAUCCAGUUGGGACAAGACUUUUCUCGAAAAGAUAUAUUUCCAGCAAUAGAUAUCAACCUCCAGAACAUACCAGCUCUUUGCCAUUGCAGCCUGAUGAAAGACCUGCAAAAGAUGAAGAUGAUGAGAAAAGGAUAAUACAAGAAAGAAUACGUAGUAAAUCAAUACAAUCAACGAUUCCUGAAGGAAAUAUUUUACCUGAUUAUAGAGAAUUUCCUGUAAUAAGACCUUGUUGUAAUUCUAGAGUAUUUCCUAGAAUAAGACCUUGUUGUGUACCUACAUUGUAUCCUGGAAUAAGACCUUGUUGUUGUGAUCCUGGGCUAUGUCGUAGAGAAAACACAUUACGUGGUCGCCGAAAAUGGAACAGGCCAAAAAAACCUGACCAGAUUUGGUAAUAAAGUAUCUUUUAUUCA